AUGACACUCACCACACUAGAUCUCGGAUACAAUCAAAUUGGAGACCAUGGAGCACACCAUCUGGCUGAUGCAUUACGAGAUAACACGACACUCACGACACUAGAUCUCUACAACAAUCAGAUCGGAGAUAAAGGAGCACAAUAUCUGGCUAAUGCAUUACGAAAUAACACGAUUGGAGAUGAAGGAGCACAACAUCUGGCAGAUGCAUUACAAAAUAAUACGACACUCACCACACUCAAUCUCUAUCACAAUCUCAUCGGAGAUAAAGGAAGGAAAUAUCUGGUUUAUGCUUCACGAAAUAGCAUGACACUCACUACACUCAAACUCGAUGUCAAUCAAAUCGAAGGUCUCACAGCACAGCGUCUGACUGAUGCACCUCGAAAUAAUAUGACAGUCACUACAAAACAUUUUGGUUUAGCUGAUAUACUGAAUUUUGUAUUACAAUAA